AUGAAAGCAAUCACGCUCGCUUUACUCUCCUGGAAUCUGUGGCUGGCGCCAAACACCGUCGUCGCCGACGGCACCGAAAUUGUCCUGGAAUCCUUCGACGACCCCGUACACCACUGGAAGCAAAUGAAUGAUCCCGUCAUGGGAGGUCGCUCCACCGGAAGCUUCCAGAUUAACGAUGGGGUGGGAUACUUUGAAGGACAAGUCGUGGACGUGCCCUUUCUACACGCGCCGGGAUUCAUUCAGGUGCGCACCGUGGACCGACACGUCUUUCCGGAUGUUUCCACCUGUUCGGGUCUGCAGCUCACCCUGCGGGCGCACGUACCGUACACGGGCUACCGCGUUAGUUUCGGCCAGGCCCACGCACCGGGUGGCAAGCGCUACGCGUACGGAUACAAGGCUACCCUGGAAAACGUACCGGUGGGCGAGUUCGGAACCGUCAACGUGCCGUUUACGGACUUUACCGAUUUUUGGGACGACGCCACGGGAGAUCCUAUUCGUACUUGUCAAGAGAAUGACUUGUAUUGCCCCGACGAGCUGACACUUCGAAAUAUGAUGACGCUCGCUCUCUGGGGUGAGGGUGUGGCGGGGACCGUGUCGCUUCAAGUCCAGUCGAUUGUGGCGGUGGGUUGUUCCGCGGGUAAUGAGUGAGCGUAGCUGUACUUCGAAAUAAAACGCGGCAAUCUAGCGAAUCGCGAGUCGUAAGAAAGGUCCUCUAAUUUGCCUUAAUGUCCUACGGAAUACUUGGUAGUGGCAGCAUCCGUUCAAAUCUUUGUCGUUGAGCGGCGCAAGUCUACUGUUGACGGUAGCCAAACAAAUAGAUCAAGAAAUUAUCUUUUUUUCUGAACGUAACAAGGCUUUUCAGGUAUGGUAAUCUUCUUUUGAUAAAUCUAGUCGUAAAACGCAUAGCUUACAAUCAUAAUGCUA